AAUACUCUUUAUUCGAACGACAACGGGAUCUCUUGUUCAGUAGAUCACCAGCCUUACUCCGACGUUUAUUACGAAUUAUUCGGUGACUCGGUGACAACUACACAACUGCGUGCGGUGCUGUAGAGAUUUUCGCUUGAUCAAGUUAAAAUUCUAUAUACCAAAAUCAAUAGACGCGACUAACGCGUAACGAAUUGUAAUUAUCAACAAAUUGAAUUUAAUCGAUUGGAAAAUCUGACAUAAAAUGUCGUCAUCGCAAGCUGUACGCUCUUCGAAAUACUCCUACCGGGCCACAUCGACUGGACCCGGUGGCGCUGAUGUUAACAUCGAAUACAUCACCGACAUGAGCUCGCUCUCGCGCUUGGAGGAUAAGAUCCGUUUGCUCCAAGAUGAUCUUGAAGUUGAACGUGAAUUGCGCCAAAGGAUCGAGCGCGAGAAAGCCGACCUCAGCGUUCAGGUCAUACAGAUGUCCGAGCGUCUCGAGGAAGCUGAGGGUGGUGCUGAACAUCAAUUUGAAGCCAACCGCAAGCGCGAUGCUGAGCUGUUGAAGCUGCGCAAGCUGCUUGAGGAUGUUCAUCUUGAAUCGGAGGAGACCCACACGCUUUUGAAGAAAAAGCACAACGAAAUUAUUACGGAUUUCCAGGAACAGGUCGAAAUCCUAACGAAAAAUAAGUCUAGAGCCGAAAAGGACAAGGCCAAAUUCCAGUCCGAAGUCUACGAGCUGCUCUCCCAAAUCGAAUCAUACAACAAGGAGAAGAUCGUCUCGGAGAAGCACAUCCAGAAAUUGGAGAUCUCCAUUAGCGAGUUGAAUGUGAAAAUCGAGGAACUGAAUCGCACCGUCAUCGAUAUCACUUCGCACAAAUCUCGCCUCUCGCAGGAGAACAUUGAGCUGAUCAAGGACGUCCAAGAUCUCAAAGUUCAAUUGGACACUGUCUCGUUUUCCAAGAGCCAAGUGAUCUCCCAGCUCGAGGAUGCACGCCGUCGAUUGGAAGACGAAGACCGUCGUCGCUCAAUGCUCGAAUCUUCGCUGCAUCAGGUUGAGAUCGAAUUGGAUUCAACUCGUUCUCAACUCGAAGAAGAGUCCGAGGCGCGCAUUGACUUGGAACGUCAGUUGGUCAAGGCCAAUGCCGAUGCCACUUCGUGGCAAAACAAAUGGAAUGCCGAAGUGGCAGCCCGUGCCGAAGAGGUUGAAGAGAUUCGUCGCAAGUACCAGGUGCGCAUCACCGAACUGGAGGAGCACAUCGAAAUCCUCAUCGUUAAGGUCAACAAUCUGGAGAAGACUAAGACCCGUCUGGCCAGCGAAGUUGAGGUUCUCAUCAUCGAUCUGGAGAAGUCCAACAACAGCUGCCGCGAAUUGCAAAAGUCUGUCAACACCCUGGAGAAGCACAACAUCGAACUCAAGUCCCGUCUGGAUGAAACCAUCGUUCUCUACGAGACCAGCCAGCGUGACCUGAAGAACAAGCAUGCCGAUCUUGUCCGCACCGUCCAUGAACUGGACAAGGCCAAGGAUGCCAACGGUCAGCUGGGUCGCGAGAACAAGAAGCUGGGUGAUGAUCUGCAUGAGGCCAAGAGUGUCAUUAAUGAGCUGAACCGUCGUAUGCAUGAGAUGGAAUUGGAGCUGCGUCGUCUGGAGAACGAGCGUGAUGAACUCACCGCUGCCUACAAGGAAGCCGAAGCUGGUCGCAAGGCUGAGGAACAACGCGGACAGCGUCUGGCCGCUGACUUCAAUCAAUAUCGUCACGAUGCCGAGCGUCGUCUGGCCGAGAAGGACGAAGAGGUUGAGGCUAUUCGCAAGCAGACCAGCAUUGAGAUCGAGCAGUUGAAUGCCCGUGUCGUUGAGGCGGAGACUCGCCUGAAGACCGAGGUGACUCGCAUCAAGAAGAAGCUGCAGAUCCAGAUCACCGAGCUGGAGAUGUCGCUGGAUGUGGCCAACAAGACCAACAUUGAUCUGCAGAAGGUGAUCAAGAAGCAGUCGCUGCAGUUGACCGAACUCCAGGCCCACUACGAGGAUGUGCAGCGCCAGUUGCAGGCCACCCUCGAUCAGUAUGGCAUUGCCCAGCGUCGUCUGGCCGGUCUUAAUGGUGAGCUGGAGGAGGUGCGCUCCCAUCUGGACAGCGCCAAUCGUGCCAAGCGCACCGUGGAGCUGCAAUACGAGGAAGCCACCACACGCAUCAAUGAGCUGAGCACUGUCAAUGUCAACUUGGUGUCCCUGAAGUCCAAGCUGGAGCAGGAAUUGACUGUGGUUGCUUCCGACUACGAGGAGGUGUCCAAGGAGCUGCGCAUCAGUGACGAACGUUACCAGAAGGUGUCCGUGGAGCUGAAGCAUGUUGUCGAGCAGGUGCAUGAGGAGCAGGAGCGUAUUGUCAAGCUGGAGACCAUCAAGAAGUCAUUGGAAGUCGAAGUCAAGAACUUGUCCAUUCGCCUGGAGGAAGUGGAGCUGAACGCUGUUGCCGGUAGCAAGCGCAUCAUCAGCAAACUGGAGGCACGCAUUCGUGAUCUGGAACUGGAGCUGGAGGAGGAGAAGCGCCGUCAUGCCGAGACCAUCAAGAUCUUGCGCAAGAAGGAGCGCACCGUCAAGGAGGUGAUCGUACAGUGCGAGGAGGACCAAAAGAAUAUCAUUUUGCUGCAGGAUGCGCUGGACAAGACCACUGCCAAGAUCAACAUCUACAGACGCCAGCUGUCCGAGCAGGAGGGCUUCUCCCAGCAGUCCACCACCCGUGUCCGUCGUUUCCAACGCGAACUGGAGGCUGCCGAGGAUCGUGCCGAUGUUGCCGAAUCCAACUUGAAUCUGAUCCGCGCCAAGCACCGCACAUUCGUCACCACCUCCACUGUGCCCGGCUCUCAGGUGUACAUUCAGGAGACAACAAGAACGAUCACCGAAUAGAUUGAUGAUCGAUGAUCGCACACACCACACACACCACACACACACCACACACACCAAACACACACACACAUACAAACACCUCCCCCAGCAGCAACAUUUUAUAAUAUUAAAAAAAAGAAACCAAAAGCAAACAACAACAACAACAACAAGAACAACCACAACAAACAAGAUCUAACAACAACAUUUUCAGAAAAAGAAAAAUGCAGUAAUGAGUUUUCUCAAUUUCGAAUGAAUGAUGGAAUUUGCUUGAGAAUCGUUUUUUUAUAAUUUAAAUUUUUUUCAGAGCUUGCGAGAGUUCGUAUAGGUUAUAAAUUAUAAAUACAUAUAUAACACUACACAUCUCCUAUCUAUUUAUAAUAAUAAUAUUUUGAAGUUCAUGUAAUUUAAUUAAAAUAAUGAACCUUAAACCAAAAAACAAAUAAAAUCAAAUGAAAAACUUACAAGUUUUGCAACGUUAGAGAGAUACAAAUGAGAGAGAGAUUGUUUAUAGAGUUGGCUGAUUUUAAAAACAUAACAUAACAUAAACAACAACAACAACAACAAUAACAGAAUCCAAAAGAUCAACCAAUCGACCCUAGAAAGAAACGAGUUGCCCGAGUUAUAACCGCUUCUACUUGUUUUUAGUUCAUUUUAUGUUUAGUAGGUAAAUAUCUGUGUGCUCGUAACGAAUUGAUUUUACAUUAAAAGAAACGAUUAAGAAACAAACCAAAGAAAAC